CUCAUCGACCCCAUGGGCGCAGUCAACGCCGCUAUCAAAGCAUCGCAGGAUUUCCUCACGGCGCAGCUUGAUGCGAGGCUGGCCACUGUCAAGCAAGAAGUCAUCGCAGAGUUCGCCACACAGCUCAGAGGGCCGCUGGGCGCGGUCGUUGGUCAGCAGCAAAAGCAAAACGAACAGUUCAAUGGGCGCGUCCAGUCGCUCCAGGCCGCCUCGACCAAGCUGGAAGCAGAUCAACGAGAGUUACGUGCCCAGAACCUCAUCGAGUGGGACAGGGCGGCAGACACCAGCAUCAUCGUUGGCACCGCGUCGGAGAACUGCACUACGGACCAGCUCAAGCAUAGCAUCAAGCCGAUCAUGGACAAGUGUGAGCUCAGCGAAGCCGACUGGGAGGUGGUUGGGAAGAGCCCAGCGAGACGCUUCAUCAUCCAGUUCAGUGGGGAUGCCAACGCAUCCGCGCGGAAGGUCAGAGCAUUCUACAGCAAGCUCAAGAGGCCCGACGGGGAUUGGGUCAACACAACAAGACUCCUCCUCCGCCUGGAUCGCUCGGGGAAAACGGCGCGAAGUGAGUUCCAGACCAAGAAACUUACCCAGUUCUGCAAAGCGCAAGAUGCCACGAAGCGGUGGCGAGGUGACCGACAGCAGGACAUCAUCCACUGCAAUGACAUGCCAGUCCUUUCCAUCGUGGCCGGCUCCACAAAGGACGAACCCACCCGUAUGUUCUUCAAUUGCAAUUUCUGCUUUCAGCACGGCAUCAAUCGAGAGGAGAGCCGCGUGCAGUUCGAGCAAUUCUUCCAGACCUCGCCCGACGCGCAGAAGAAGAAGAUCGCGCUCAUGAAGCUGGUGGUGAAUUCCACGGCCGUGCUAGCCCUGCAGGAGGUCCAUGCAGCGGGCACGCUCCACAGCAAGAUCGCGACCUACAGCGCCCACAACCUGCAACUUGCUGCAGACCAGGGCCAUCCCACAAGGGGCGCGACCCGUGCCGAGCUCAGAAUUGCUGAACAACAACCGGAGAGGCUCAAGGCGUUCGUCGUGGAUGACCUCAACUUCAUGGACGAGGCCAAGCCAGAGCUGACAGCACCGCUGGUCGACAUGGCCCUCCCUCGCCGCCGAAAUCACCACCCAGAACACCAGCUACAUUGGGGGCGAGCUCUGGGUGACAUGGUGGAGGUCGACCCCGAGUUUCCGUCGCGCUACGCUGAGCAGUCGCAGCAGUGCACGCAGAUUGAAGACAUGAUUUUAGAGCUUCGCCGCCAAUGGCAUCCUGUAAUUCCGGCGAAGCCGAGCCAUGCCAAGCACGCCACGAAACUCCUCUCGCUGAAUAACACGGACUGCAAGAUCAUCGCUGCCACGGGCAUCGAGAUGACGAAGCCUUGCGGCGCGAAUGGGGCCCACGCGGCGCUGAAGGGCCUCCCCCCGAAGCACCGCUUCCUCGAACUGGUGAUGGCCACAGACGCGCAGUCCCGCAUUGUCGCCGUGCAAGAUGACUCGACGAACGAAGAUCCGUUGAUGGUCCCAUGCGAUUUCGGUGACACGUUCCCCUCGCUGUGCAGAACAAGGCUCAACAUAGCAUCGGAGAAAGCGGAUUACCCCGAGGGCAUCUGCAACAUGAUGGAGGCGACCUACCUACUGCCUUUCGCUUUCACCAACCUCGCGGCCGCCAUUGAGUGCUUCGUUGCCCUCGCCUCGGGAUGUCUUUUGGGGUGCCCUUGGUCGGGCGCGCUGUGGAUGGUGGCUUUGGGCCCGCUGUUCUGGGUCUUGCACCCGUGGUCGGAGCACCUCGUGGGCGCGGUCCUCGGGGACCGCGUUGGCGCCGUGGGUUGCGUCCUCCCCUCUUCCAAGAUGCUCCGCCUGUUGAGCAGGGUGUUCUUCGUGCCGGAGUAUGGGGCUCGCCUGGUGCUGAAGUCGGCGAAGACGACGAAGUGUAAGAUCACCCCCAUGGCGGAGGCAGUCGCCCUUGCGGUGGAGGACAGGAUCCGUGCCAAGAUCGCCGACCUGGUACCACGCAGGGGUGACAUCGUGAUCAAUGACAGGGCGGGGUACCUGGGAGUGCUAGAGGGACCCAGUGCUGAUGAUGGACACGGCUGGGGGAAGGUUAUUCUCGGCUGGCAGCGCUAUACUACCAAGUUCGCCCACAUCGGGGCCCCGACCAGCACUUCGCUGAUACUAUGCAACCAGCGAGCGGUGAGCAAGAUCUCAUGCAUCAGCCAGCUCUUAGCGUGGCCGCAGAAGGUGAAGAAGAAA